AUGUCGUCAGCAGAUACGAAUUCGAAUGGAGAACAAACUAUUGAAGGUGUUGCUAGUAAACUAGGCACAAAAGAGCAUUGGGAUAAUUGUUAUGAUAGAGAAUUAGAUGUAUACGAUGAAACUGGUGAUGUUGGAGAGAUUUGGUUUGGUGAAUCAUGUCUUAGAACGAUGUGCAAGGCUAUUGAAAAGAUAGCGAGUGUUACCAAAGAUCAUAGAAUUGUCGAUUUGGGUUGUGGUAAUGGAUAUACACUCAUCGAGUUGGGUCAGAUGGGAUUCACUAAUCUGUGUGGCACAGACUACUCUGAAAAGGCAAUCGAUUUGGCAAAGAAAAUAGCAGAACAAGAGGAACUCGAUAUAGAGUAUCUCGUCGACGACAUUAGAAACUCAAAGAUUGAAAAGGAUGCAUUCGACGUUGUCCUGGACAAGGGUACAUUCGAUGCCAUGUCACUCUCAGAGGACAAGGUACAGGCCAAAGAAGACUACCGCUCACACAUCCUAACCAUCUUGAAACCUGGAGGUCACUUUGUUAUCACAAGUUGCAACUACACUGAACAAGAAAUAUUGGCUUACUUUUCAAACUGUGGACUCGAAUUCUCACAUCACGUCAAAUAUCCAGUCUUUAAAUUUGGUGGUUCUACUGGAUCUUCACAAUCAACCAGUGUUUUUAUUAAAUCAAACUAA